AAAAAAGAACAAGAGUUUAUUUUUAUGUCCAAUAUGAAACAAUUAACUACAUGAUAAAAUAGGAUGUUCAGGGAUCGAUCUUAACUUUAUUUUAUGAAUUUGAUGCCAAUUGUACAAGUAAAAUGCUUAAUAAAUGUUCGGAGCUUUCCGAAAACAACCCGAAGCUGCUCGAGUAUAUUCGGAAGGUCCCGAGUAUUGUAGUGAAAACAAAAUGGCGGCUGUAAGUCGAGGUGGAGGAAUUCAGCGUGUUUUACAAAAACUGAACAAAUCAAUUGAGGAAGGGAAUUAUUAUGAGGCUCAUCAAAUGAUAAGAACUUUAUACUUUAGGUACACAUCACAGAAAAAAUACCAGGAUGCUAUAGAAUUACUCCAUAAUGGCACCUUGCUAUUUUUUAAAUACAAACAGAUGGGGAGUGGGACAGAUCUAGCCAUGUUGAUGCUGGACUGCUUAAAGGCUGGCAAAGACACAAUAGAUAGUGAAUGCUUACAGAAAAUUAUCAGUAUUUUUAAAGCAUUUGACCCAGAAGCUGAUACUGAUCGGCAAGAAUUUAUACAGAAGGCUUUAAGGAUAACAGCAGAUAAAGAUCCGAGUCAGAAGUUUGGGAGUACAGAUCUGCAUCACAUGUGUGCUCGAAUAUACUGGCAAGAAAAGAAUUAUGGCGAAUCCAGAUAUCAUUUCUUGUAUACUCAAGAUGGAUUCCAGUGUGCUUCCAUGCUUGUUGAGUUUGCUACAACAAAAGGCUUCAAGUCAGAGCAGGAUCUGUUUGUCACACAGACAGUUUUACAAUAUCUGUGUCUUCAAAAUUCUUCUACGGCCAGUAUAGUAUUCUUCAAGUUUACAAACAAGCAUCCUGAUUUCUCAGGGCCACCAUUCCAGCAGCCACUUUUGAACUUUGUCUGGUUACUACUCAUGGCCAUAGAAAGACAAGGGCCUCUCAGCAUGUUCACUGUUCUCUGUGAGAAGUACCAGCCCUCAAUAGAAAGAGAUCCCACGUAUAAACAAUAUCUUGACAGAAUAGCCCAACUUUUUUUUGGCUUGCCGCCACCACAGCCAACCGGCCUCCAGGGGAUCAUGGGAGAUCUUGUACAGAGUUUGUUCAAUGACACACCCCAGGCUGAAUUAGAAGGCGAAGAUGUCGACUAAGCAAGGAACUGAAUUGUAGAUAUUUAUAAUAUAAAAGAUGCAAUAUAGAAACCAGGAUAGGUAGCGCCCAAACACCAACCUGCUAGACAUGCACUUGCUACCAGCCGUUUUUUGAGAUGAAAUGGUUGAAAAGAGAAACCAUUAGAAAUUCAAGCAGCCCAAAUAACAAAAAUCAUGUGCUAUGGUAAUUUCCAUGACUUUACCUAGUUUUAUGACAUGAAAACAGGGCCGUAGCUGGGGGUGGGGCACUGGGGGCAUGUGCCCCCUCCUAAUAUUUUCAAAUAUUAUAAGGAAAUGACCAGUAGGGGCGUGGCUGUGUCCCCCAUUUUUUUCUUAAUGUUUCCCCUAUGAUAAAAAGGCCUUCCAUUAGAGUUGAAAUUGACAUAGAGAUUGAUUUAGAAAAACAUGUUUUUUUGGAGAAUUUAAAUUCUGCCUCAAAAGCUUCCAAUAAGGAUAUUUCAAUUGAAACUCCUCAAAUAAUUUUAAUUAUUUAAUCGUGUGAAAUUUAUCAAAUAUCUCAGAAAUACUGCUUUAUUGUUUUCAAUCUUUAAUCGGGUUUUGUGUAAAAUAAAUCUUGGUUCAGAAAAAAAACUUGUUUUGCGAGGCCUUUGAUGACUUUAAGUAUACUUUGCAAGUUUGAGUCAUAUCCGAUAUAGAGUUUUUGCUGAGAUGACAAAAGUUGUUAUAUUUAUAUUUUUGACUCGUACAGAAUUGUUUCCCUCGAAAGUUGACAAUCUGCAAAAAAUAGAAUUGUAAGGAUUAUAUACUUCCACAUGUCUUGGUUUUUUUCUAUGGUAUAUUUUUGUUCCCGGUUUUCUGCCAUUUUAUGUUAAAAAACUCUGCUAAUAAUUGGGCAUGGAUUAUGUACGAUUUAUAUUAUUCAAGUCCAAUAUGAUGGCUGAGGGGGGGAUGUGCAGUCAUAGGAAUCAUAGAAAAAGCAUAGUAUUUGAAGAUUCCUUAGUAAGAAAUUACCCACUUUUUGGCCGCCAGGGGGGUGCGCGUGCACCCCCCCUGUGUACGUGCCUGAUAAAGGUAUAUUCCCAACCUGUUUCCAUCCGCCAUUUUGUCUGUUAUUUUUCAUUAUUUGACGUAUUAAAGGUUAUUUGAUAAACCAGGAUGGUUAUUUUGCAAAAUUUCAACAGUUUUAGCUUUCCCUGUGCGCACUUUGUCAGUGCAGUCCGCAGUGUUUCACUUGUAUCAAAUGAAUAAGCAAAAAAGCCUAAAUAAAAACAAAUACAAUUUUGUUAA